GUGGUUUUUCAUCGACAAAAUGGUUGGGUAAAAAUUAGUUGAGAUAGUGCUGUGUAAUAUCUGACACCAUUAAUCUUGAAAGAACCAGCUAUCCCAUUUCUUGCAUUCCAAACAAACGUUAUUUAACCAUUUCUAUUAAUCCGGAUCCAAUGGACUUGAAAUCAAACCAUUCUGCUCCUGUUCUCACUGAUCCUGUACCCAUUAGCAAGUCAAGAUUAGGCGGCAUCCAUUCUAGUCUGUUGCCUUACUCACCACCAGGAGUAGUGUUCCCUUCUAGCCUGUAUCUAACUAUUCCUAGGAAGAAGCCCAUUCCUGGAAAAUUUGAUGAUGUCCGUUCCAGUGGGUGGCUUGAUGCUAUGAUAUCCUCAUCACCUCCUCGCAAGAAGUUAACUAUAGAAUUGAAUGUUGAGGUUGCACCAAAUGAUGCAGAUAUUGCUUACAGCUCCUGGAUGCUUAAGUAUCCAUCAGCGCUUUCAUCUUUUGAGAAAAUCAUGAAUCGUGCAAAAGGGAAAAGGAUAGCAUUGUUUCUGGAUUAUGAUGGGACUCUGUCACCAAUUGUAGAUGACCCUGACCGUGCAUUCAUGUCUAACACUAUGCGUUCUGCUGUAAGAAAUGUUGCAAAGUAUUUCCCAACGGCAAUAGUAAGUGGAAGAAGUCGUGAUAAGGUGUUUGAAUUUGUAAGGCUAACAGAACUAUAUUAUGCUGGUAGUCAUGGGAUGGACAUCAUGGGUCCAGUCCGAAAUUCGGUGGCCAUUGAUGACCAUCCAAACUGCAUUAGGUCUACUGACAAGCAGGGUAAGGAAGUAAAUCUGUUCCAGCCUGCAAGUGAGUUUAUACCCAUGAUCGAUGAGGUUUUUAGAUCCCUUGUCGAUAACACUAAAGAAAUUGAAGGUGCGAAAGUUGAGAAUAACAAGUUUUGUGUCUCUGUACAUUACCGUAAUGUAGAUGAGAAGAGUUGGACUACAAUUGCACAAUGUGUCCAUGAAAUUCUAAAAGACUACCCUCGUUUACGGUUAACUCAUGGGCGAAAGGUUUUAGAGGUCCGUCCUGUGAUUAACUGGGACAAAGGGAAAGCUGUUGAGUUUCUACUUGAAUCACUUGGAUUAAGCAAUUCUAAUGAUGUGGUUCCUAUAUAUGUGGGUGACGAUCGGACAGAUGAAGAUGCAUUUAAGGUAUUGCGAGAGGGAAGUCGGGGUUGUGGGAUCCUAGUGUCGUCCGUGCCAAAAGAAAGCAAUGCAUUCUACUCUUUGAGAGAUCCCUCAGAGGUCAUGGAAUUUCUCGAGUCCCUGGUGAAAUGGAAGAGAUCAGAUGAAGUAUGAGCAGCCUGUAAAAGAGGAGGAAUAGGAGCAUAAAAUAGUCUGCACAUAGUAGUACUUAUAUGUUCUGUAGUUCCUAA